GGAGAGUUUCGUACCCCUUGUUUCAGCAACCAAUUUUGACGCAGGUAGUACCAUUACGAAGAGAAAGCAGAACGGAAUUUUCGUGUGUACAUUAUUAUUAUUAUUUUUGUGUGUGUGUGUUGUGGCGUCGAAUAUAGGUGGCGUGCAUAUGACGUCACACCAUAGCUUUACCUGUGGUUUUUCGCUCUUUCUGGUGAACCGGCUUACGCAAAUGCACCCCACCUAUAUCGAAGUCAGGCACAGAGUGACACAGGCAUCACUGAAUGACGGUCCCGUUGGCUCGGUCGCCGUUUUCGCUCUGACCAAUUCAAACGUCGCGUCAGAUCCAACUCCAUCAUUUGAUGCUUGCAAUCAAGCGCCUCAGACUGGCAGCUCCGUGAUCGAAGGACGACGUAUUUUUGAGGUUGUCAUACUUAGCACCACGGUUAUUCUGGCUGUCCCGUCGACGUUUCAGUGCUCGAGAGUAAUGGAACGAUUGGGUAUUCACGAUGAACAGUAAUGUCGUGAGGACCCUCAUCUAGCCGUUGUCGGCUUAUAUAACAUUUCAUUUCAACAGUCACGAAUGCGGCGACUGUCUCCCACGCUGUCAUGCAGGCUCCCUACGUUUAUGGUUCGCGUGGCGCCAUCUAUGUCGGACAAUACGUAUCUCGGGGAAGCGCCGCCGCGCAUGCUCAGCUGGUGGGGGCUGUCGUCUGCUGUUGGCGCUGCAGAGACGAAGGAGUAGGAAAAAAAGAAACAGCCGGCUCUAAAGGGAAAAGAGCAUGGAAAUGUAAAGAAAAAUCAUGAAGAUGCUCGGACGCAAUGAGUGUUUGCUUGUUUUCUGUUUUGCAGCGGCAGCUGUUCGUGCUUUGCGAUGUUGACACAGAACCCUCCUCCUCAACGCACUUCCCCAUCGGCUUUGCGUUCGUGCGUGUGGUGUGAUCUCUCCCUCCUUUUUGUCUGUGGGAUGCGUUGCCUAGGCAUCCGAAUUAUCUAGUCAGGACAGGAUGGGACGUCCCAAGGCAUCGCCUGCACAACGGGCCGCCUCCAAAGAACGGCGCCGAGCCAAGCAGCGAGAAUGGAUGCGACGAGCUCGGUUGAACGCUACUUAUCACGCUGCCCAAGUACAAGUGAAGCGAACACAACGAGCCAACCCCGAAGUGAAAGCAGCUGAAGCAGCAGCCAAGCGUAAGAAACGGGCCAACCCCGAGGUGAAAGCCACCGAGCCGGAAGCUAACCGAGGGCGCACCGUCCAACAGAAAGCGGCCGAGGCAGAAGCAAAGCCUCGUUCCAUCGAAGGCGUGAAAAAUUGUGCGUACGCCAUGGCACAACUUGGAAGUGUGCAGUCUGGAGAAAGCCAGGAGGAGUACAUCGUUCCAUCACCAGGAGACCCAAGUGCACCUUCCACGUCUGGAAUCAGCAGCACGAGUGAUGGAUCGCCCUUCUUUGUCAGCGACGUACGUUCCUUGGCUGACGCACCACCAGUCAAGGUCAAGUUGGAGGUCAUCGAAGAGCCGAUGGGCGACAUCGAGAUUUCUCCACAUCACCUUCCUCCUUCAGCCGCGUCAGCAAGCCUAACCACACCAGCAUACUCAUCAGCUCUUGAAACAACAACCAAGGAACGCAGUCUCGUCCACUCCGCCCAAGCUCAUCCAGUUCUUCCUUCUGCAACUCUGGGACUCUUUUCUGCUAGUCAUGUGUCUACACAACAACAACAACACAUGCAGUACAAUUGUCCGCGUACCACCACUGCACCUGCAGCUAGCUCCGAGGACACUGCACCUCUUGGUACUUCAACGAGGACGGCCAAGCCCCUGCGGGAGUCACCAGCUCUUGCAGAACACAAAAUGAACCUCGAAAUCCAGCUGUUGCAGAUCAACAAGAGAAAAGCUGAGGCAGAGCUCAAAAGGCUCGAAGCCGAUGAACGGAAGAUUGUCUCAAAGAUGCUGCUGAUAGCGGAAGAGAUGAAGAGGUGUGAUGAUGAGAGGAAGAAGCUGAGAGCUCAGACUGAGUUUUUUCUCCAUGAAAAGAUGAGGUCUCAGGAGGAACUUAGAAAAAACGCAGCCAUCACAGAGCACCAUCUCGAAGAAAAGAGGAAGGCCGCAGCAAGUGCUGACCUACUGAUUGCGCAGAAGAAGACCGAAGUGCUUCGGCAACGGAUGCUUCUUUUGGAGCUGAGGAAAAUGAGGCAGGACCACAAACCUCGACAGCAUAGUAACACCAUUGAACAACAUAGCAGCAGUAUGGAGCAGUGAGCAGGUGAAUCUGGUGCAAGUGCCAUGUUGAUAUCAAGUCCUAUGGAACUCAAAUUUUGCUACAGACUUUGAAACUUCUGUGAUAGAUUGUUACGUGAGACGUGUGACUCAGAUAUUUACGUCACUGCAGCAUCGCUUCACAGUGCACGUGGUGUGGACCUGGUGUGGUGUUAUUUGUAUGAAGCAGAGCUAAAGUGAACGCUAGAGUUCCAAGCGCAAGCUUUGAUAAACUUUGAUAGGAAUUAAGACGUAUCAAUAGCGAAUAAAAUGUGUUCAUGUGUGUGG